AUGUUAAAGAAAGAUUCCCUCCUCAUCGAUUUACGCCAAGACAAAGAUUCCGAGAUUUCGAGACUGCGAGCUGAGAAAGAUUCCGAGAUCAACCAGAAAGAUGCUGAAAUCUUGAAGUUACGUCAAGAUAAUGAUAACAAGGGCCAGGAGCAACUGGGGAAGAUUAAGGAAUUGCGAGAAUAUAUCUCCAGACUUGAGGGAUUGAAGGUUGAUGUCAGGGAAUUGAACAAGGAAAAGAAGGGUAUAAUUACGCAAAUCGACGAACUCAACAAUCUCGCACUCAAGGAGAAACAGCGAUUUACCGAUCUAUCCGGUGAACAUGAGAGUGACAUUUCGACUUUACGAGAACAAGAUAAAGAACUCGGGAACGCAAAGAAGGAGUUACGUAUCAAGGACAGAAGUGUUACAAAUAUGAGGGAGGAUUUUUUUGGCAAGGAUACAGAACUCAGAACAGCGAAGAAGGAUUUACAAAUACUGCGAACCAAUAUGAACACUUCGAUGACCACGAUUCGAGACACAGAGAAACAAUUGUCGGAUUCCAAGAAAGCUAGAGAUACAAUUACGGAGAAAUUUCAGAAGCAUAACAAACUUAUUGUGGCAAAUGGUUUGAGAUUUACGGAUAUGGGGAAAGAGUUGAAUACUUUCCGGGAGGAGAAGGAGAUUUGA